AUGUCGCCUCCUGGCUUCCCUGUGUUGCUGUUACUGCUGUUUUUCAUUGCCACCGCCACCGCCACCGCCGCCGCCGCCGCCGCCGAUAACGAUGCCAAACGCGACGACCAGAGGGCUCCCAAGUCCCAAUCCUGCAAUAACCCCUUCCAAUUGGUGAAGGUGGAGAAUUGGAUUGAUGGUGUGGAAGGACGUAUUUAUAAUGGCGUCACUGCCAGAUUUGGCUCUCUUUUGCCUGAGAAACCUGAAAACAGUGUCAGAACUCCUGCAAUUUUCUCUAAUCCUGUAGACUGCUGUUCCAAUUCAAGUUCAAAGUUGUCUGGAUCAGUUGCUCUCUGUAUACGUGGGGGUUGUGACUUUACAGUCAAAGCUGAAUUUGCGCAGGCUGGAGGUGCUACUGGCAUGUUGGUAAUAAAUGACGCAGAAGAUCUCUUUGAGAUGGUUUGCUCCAAUAGCAGUGAGGCAAACAUUUCAAUCCCAGUUGUAAUGAUAACAAAGUCAGCAGGAGAAGGUCUCAACAACUCUUUAAUAUCUGGGAGGAAAGAGUUGAACCUAGGCUUUUCCAGUGACAGAUCCGGCAUGCCACUGCUAAGCCAAUUGUUCUGA